UUAUGGCAUCCUACAUUCCUAUGCAGAAGCAGACCAUAUUCAGUCCAGGUCACAAGGCUUAUCGAAUCCCUGCACUACUUUUCCGUCCGGAGUCUAAGUUAUUCUUGGCCUUUGCUGAGGAGCGGAUAGACGUUGUCGAUGAAAAUGCUGAAAUACUAGUCAUGCGACGAGGGGCCUUUAAUGAAGCCAGCAGGGUGGUAGAGUGGGGCCAGAUGGAAACUCUUCACACUGCUCAGCUGCAAGGUUACAGGUCAAUGAAUCCCUGUCCUGUGUUUGAUGAAGAGACAAAGACCCUUUUCCUUUUCUUUAUAGCUGUUGAAGGACACAUCUCAGAAAUGUAUCAAAUCAAAAAUAAGAAGAAUCUUGUGCACCUCUGUUAUAUCACAAGUAAAGAUGAAGGAAGGACCUGGGGUGGUGUCAUUGACCUGACAGAGACUGUUAUUGGAAAGACUCACAAAGAGUGGGCAACAUUUGCAGUUGGGCCAGGUCAUGGACUUCAGCUUCAAGAUGAGUUCCAGACACUCAUUAUUCCUGCUUAUGCUUAUAUUAUUAGAGGUGCAAACGAGUACCCUAAACCACAGGCCUUCUGCUUCAUAAGUCAGGAUCAUGGUUACAGCUGGAGUAUAGGGGGGUAUAUGUGGGAGGAAAAUGCUGUAGAAUGUCAGAUGGAAUGUAUCAAGAGUGGAAGAAAAAGUUUCUUAUACUGUAAUGCAAGGACAAAUCAGGGUAUGCGUGUUCAAGCCAUUAGUCAUAACUGUGGGAAAGAUUUUGCAGAAGGAAAAUGGGUAGAAAAGCUAGUUGAACCUCCAAUUGGAUGUCAAGGAAGCAUCAUUGGCUUCUCCAGCCCUACAGCUUCAAGCAACCCUGAGACAUGGUUGCUCUUUAGUCACCCUCAUAGUGCAGAACAUUGUAAAGAUUUGGGUAUCUAUCUUAAUACCAGUCCAGCAGACUCUGACAGCUGGACAGAGCCUGUUAUCAUUUAUAAGGGCCCAGCUGCAUAUUCUGACCUGCAGUAUAUGGGACUUAGUCCUGACAACUCCCCUGAAUUUGCUUGCCUUUUUGAGUGUGGGACAGACUCCCCAUUUGAUGAAAUAGCAUUUGUUCUAUUCACUCUCAAACGUUUGUACCCUGACAUUAAGCAUGAACUUUAACUGCAAAGACAGACACAGACACACACACACACACACACACACCUUGGCAUCUAUGUAGCUGAUCAUAGGUUGCCACCUGUACCUCCCCUUGAUCUUGGAUGCUGUUCUUCCCAGACCUAAUCCAAAACCCUCCCAUUACCCUGGAGGAAUGGAAGCAUCACAGUGCAGUCAUACUCAUGACCUUUGGGAUUUUUUUAUUUUUUAUAUACUACACAUUUCCUUCAUCAGUAUCUAUUGAGAUUAAUUGCCACAAGUUUACAUCAUAAACUAACCAAUAAGCAUUGAUUAAAUUGGUUCAUAGGUAAAUCUUUGGCUAAUAACCACCAGGGCCUUUAUAAACCUAGCCUCACAACCCAACCCGAUUGUGUCUCUAUGUAUCAUGGUCAUUUAUUAGGAGGGGUAUGUUAAUUAGGAAGUUUUAAAGUAUUUAUACAGUCAUAGAUAAAUACUAUGCAAUCAGUUUGUUGACCAUUACAUGCCUAGCCAAUAACCAGACAGUGACCAAAGUUGAGAAUCAGACCCUGUGCCCUGUAUCUAUAAGGUUAGUAUGUUAACCAUUAUACCAACUCUCAGCAAAUCACGGCUAAAACAGAGCCACAUUUAUCACAACAGUAAAUGAAACUAAGAUAUCUUGGUUUAUAUCAAGUCACCAAAUGAAAACAGUUUCAUAUGACAGAAACUGUCCCGGAUUUUAUAUAUGUGUAUUUUAGACAUCUAGGUAGUACCUGUGCUUAUAUACUUCUUACACCUUUAUGCAGACUGGCAAUGCUGCUCUGGUUUAUUUUGCUCUGUGCUCCAUGUGUAGGUGCUUUUUAUAGACAAAGCCAAAAGACAACUUAAAGAAUCUCUCAUCAUAUGCCUGAGAAUCUAAGAUGUAUACAAACUUGCUGUCCUCAUACUUUUAUUAAUAAACUGGUCAAAGUAAGUAAGCAUGGUGAUAUAUCACAAACAGAACUAUGUGAAUAUAGGUGGAUUUACCUCCCAAGUUUGUAUGGGAGAUAUUCAUUAAAGCCUGUGCUUAUGUAAUGUGUUCUUUCACAGUAAUCAUUUACUGUACAUAUAUUUUUACAUUGUUAUUUCUUCAAGUUCACAUGUACACAUUAUAACAAGUGUCUUACCACACUGAUUGCUUCUAUUUUGUUGUAUUUAUGCCUGUCUCACUUUAAGAAUAA